GUUUUCUAUCCUUGGCUUAGUUUAGUAUAGAACGUCGCUGUGUGCGGGUCGUGUUCGGGACAGCACAGCAAGAAAUACCCUUUUCGGGUGGUCUCUUUGGAAAACAGCAACUUCUACUGCUUUGACCUCCAGCAUUUACUUUCUACCUGUGUUACAAUUUAUUUCUGAUCCGUCCCGAUUGCUCUUUUUACGUAACCGUUCUGUGCUUUAUUUGGUUUGUAUACCGAAGGAUACUCGUAUUGGAUUCGAAAGACGCCGCCGCGAGGCAAGUGAGAAAGUGUGCAAAAUUUUUUGUCGAGUGUGUGGGCGCGGAAAUAAUUCUACGUCAACUGUACGGCCCUGAACUUUUCAAAAGGGCGGUUUCGAUACCUGCCUUUAGUUACUGUUGAAUGGAUUACUAGGGAGAAAACCCGCGUGGCGAGAAAUCAAAUAAAAUGGAUUUAUUUGAUGUGGCAUUUCUGCAAAUCAUCCUUAUCGUAGCUACAGUCGAAUCAGGUUAUUGUAUUGAGUGCUAUAACUGUGAUUCGACCAGCAAUGAUGACUGUUCUCUACUCCCCAAAAAUUCUGGCAUCACUGCGGAGCAAUGCACACCUAGCAAAAUACCAUCGCCUACAGGCAAUUGGAUUGCGGAUUUGACCCGGAUCGAGUACUUCGGCGGAACCGAGAUAACCGUACCGAUGGUAUGUCAGAAAGUCGUUGCGACCAACGAGAAUGGUGAAACAUUGACGUACCGGGGAUGUCAGCUAGAUGGCGGGAAGACGGAUCCAUGUCAGAUUGUGCAUGGCAAAGCGAAACUUCAAACCGGUGUAAUCAUCGAACACUGUUCAAUCUGCAAGAGUGACGAAUGCAAUGGAACCAUGAAUCUGGUAAGAGGCCGUAAUUCACUGAUUCUAGCUGCAACUAUGAUGCUGCUGACAAUGACGCUUACGAAGAAGAUACUGUUUUAAAACUAUGCUCAUUUUUGUAUAGUGAAAUAAGUUGGCUUUAGCAUGACAUCAAAAAUGUUCAUACUAACCGUUUACUCAUGAAUACCCCCUGAAGACUUUUUGUGCAGAGUGAAUAUCUAAAUAACAUAAAUCGAAGAAUUUCGUAAUCGAUCUCAACUAGAUAUGUAAUAAUUGAAACUAGUGGUCUAUUUAAAAAAAAAAAUAAUAAUAACUAAGUUCAGCUUUAUAUGUGUAACACUGAAUGAAGUAUUAGAUAAUAGUAAUAGAAUUAACGUAUGUUCACGCAUAUGCCUUCGUCGUAUUUUUGGAAGAGUUAUGUAUGGUUUCCAAUGUCAAUGAUUUGAUAUUAAUGAUCACAACGUGCUUCUAUCGACGCGAAUUCAAAUCAAAUCAAUAAACACAGCUUCUCGAAAAUAUACUUUACAGAUAGAGGUAAAUGGUUGCCUAUGAAAUAAUAUUCUGAAACGUUGAAGUAUCAAAAAAUGGAAUAAAGUGCAGUUGAAGUGUAUAAAAUUUAGUAAAAUGCAACGCUCACACACAUGUUUCCAGUUCUAGUAUGAUGAUAUUGAAUAAGCAAUACAAGGUACGAAUUUAAGUAACAAACUUAAAGAAAAUGUCUAUCACACACAUAAUGUCGAAUAUUUGAACAAUAGUUUAGUCGAUGUAGCUUAUAAACAGUAUGCAGUAUGCAAUCUUUAAUGUGUUUUGAUAAUGCUUCGAGCAUGCGUUUGCAAAUGAACCAAUUUACUAAUUUUGCUGGUAAGCAACGGCACAGAUACAAUAUACGAUAUUAAACUUAAAUAUUAAGGAUAUUCAACAUCACCAAUAAGCAAAAUUGAACAGAAUAAAAUCGUACUUUUCCAAAGGUACAACCGCA